GUGAUGGCUUUCACUGCUGUCCUGGAGAAUCCCAGUUUCUCUCUUCUUGGGGUGGUUUGGAGAAAGUUACUUUCAGCCAUUUCUCUCCCUGUGCACCCCUUAGUGCUGAUCUUCCGGCAGCUCUCUGCUGCAAAUACAACACUGCAUCUCUACCUGAUCCCAGACGACACCUCUGUGAGGCAGGCCAUUGAAAGACGAGAGAUGAGCUGGAACUCAAGCCUUAUUCCCAAGCCUUCUCCAUUCAGACAUCUGUUCUUUGGAUACAGAUAUAAGGUCUCCAGCAAACCUAAAGUUCAAAUUAAACCUGAACCACACUUGCCAUUUUGCUACAAGAGUCCAAAAAAACAACAGUUCUUUGUUGAGAUCUACAUCAAGAAGAUGGCAGAGGAAAUUGAAUUAUUUAUUAGAGAUGGACAGAAUGACACUGUGGUCUGGGAGGCAUCAUUGAGAUCAGAUGAUUUCUGUGUUUAUACAAGUAUUGACAUGAUGCCUUCAGAUGCAGACUUCCUGAAGAAGCACAAGACAGAGCUUUGUUCCAGGAUGGGGCAGAUCUCCUCCAUUCUACUACUCUUAAGGGAUGAAGGUGUAAUCAACAGUAAAGAAGAAGAGGAGGUGCGAGCUCAAAAUACAAAACAGGAGAAGAAUCGGUAUCUGCUGGACCUAGUUGAGAAAAAAGGGCAAAGGGCCCAAGAGAAGCUCUUUCAGGUGCUCAAGAAAAUAGACCCAUUCCUUGUGGAUGACCUGGAUGGCUUAUGUUAAGGGAAUUCACAGAUUUUUUGAUCCCAUUUCCUGAACCCAAACCCUUCCAUGCUGUUAUAUUAGGCAUGCAUGAACACUCGAGAUGUAACGCGACAGGCCCUCCUCAUCCACUCACAGUUAAAUUUUUUCCUCAUCAGAUGAGAACGUCACACCAAUCAUCAACCUGACCAUUGUUUUCAACUAUUUUUUGUAAUUACAUUAUAUUCUAUUUACUA